AUGGAACCCCACUACGUCAGAAUCAAUAGUACUUCCCCUUUAGGAUCGCCAGAACAGGAAUCAACUUAUGGAUUGGGAUAUGACUCGACUAGUGAUGAUUAUAAAGUCCUUAGGAUUGACAAGGACGGCACUGCACUAGAUGAAAUUGUAGCACUAAAAAAUGGUUCCUGGAGAAAAAUUUAUUCGCCCUCAGUUGGGCCUGUAGGCGAUGUUUCCAUUUUGUAUGGUAAGGAAUGUUUGCCCUUUGUAAAUGGAGCGUUUCACUGGCUUGGUAUUGAUUCUUCUGAUACACAAUCCAUGAUGUCGUUAAAUAUUUCAGAUGAGACAUAUAAGAGAAUACCCUUAUCAAAAAAUAUGCCUUUAUACCCGGAAAGUGUGACUAUUGAAGAGGGCAUAUCUGUGUUGGGAAGUAUGAUUUGUCUUUUUAACCAUAACGAUAUCACUUUCAAUUUAUGGAUAAUGAAAGAGUAUGGUGUUCAGGAAUCUUGGAUAAAGUUACUCACAUUACCAACUAAUGGAACAUUUUCAAUUAUACCUAUAUAUAGCUUUUCCGAUGGCAAAGUGCUACUUCAAUACGAAUGCCGAGAUGAAUUACGAGGAAUUAAGGUUAUUUAUAGAACAUGUGACGAUCGAAUAUGGUCUUUUGAUAUUGAUCCACUUUCCUUUAUCCUGAAUGGUUUUGUUUAUAUGGAAAGUUUAAUCAAUCCAAGAGAGAUUGAUGCAUAUCUGAUUCAUAAACAAACAGACUUGACAUUUCUUAAAAAGCGAAAAAGAGAGGAUUUGCUCUAA